GCGAGACACAUCGUCCCGCUCUUCUCUGUUAAAAGUAUGUUUAGUAACAUGGCCGGCAAUAAGGUCAUUUGUAGUUUACAAAAUGUUGGAAAUGGUGAAAAAAUGAGCGACAACAGCGAUUCUAAUUUAACCUCUAGUGUAGAAGAUAUAUUCUGUGAUUCCGCCGAUUACGUACCAUGCCCCGAUUUUCAGUUUUUGACUUCGACUUGUUAUAUCUGUAACGGGUAUUAUGGGCCAUGUUUUGGAGAACCGGUCUGUGCGACGUGCCAUGCCUUUCUGUUUCCGGAUGAUGUUGGGCUGUUACAGGUUCCAUUAUUCAGCGAGAAAACAGAUGACGAAGACUCAGGAAACGAUGAGCCCACUGACUUAUAUUAUAAUGCAGAACGUCGGACUAGUCAGCAUCAACAAAGUUCGCCUCAAAAUCGAAAUCCUGUUGGACCAAAUAUACGGAAUGUUCCAAAUCAGAACAUAGACUUGAAUGAAGAUCAUAUUCAAGCUCCUGUAAGAAAUUAUUCCGUUCCAGCUCAGAACGAUGCGAUGGUAGGGCAGCUUUGUCUACGAAAUAAUCCAUCAGGACUUCUACGGAAUAUCCACGUUUCUGCGAAUCUUAAUCCAAAUAUUCAGAACGGCCAAAAUGGAAAUGGUUAUCCUCAAAAUCGAGUGCCACAACGUCAAAACCAAGUACACGAUCCGGUUGAAGAGGAUCUUCCAAAUCUAGAUCUUGCUGUUGCUGACAAUGGUCGUAAUUUUCGUGGCAUAGAUCAGUACCAUCAAUAUUCAAGAAAUUAUGGUGUGCAGGGUAACGUGGAAGAACCAUCCAGAUCUCGACAUCUAUCCGAAAGGCUAGAAAUGUUAUCAAAUCAUAAACAUGUAGAGCAUGAACCAGUGAAUGACCCAGGUCUGGUAGAAAGAUUGCCUCCAGAAGUUCUACUAGCAGUAUUCUCACACUUGGAUGACAUAAGCCUUUGGUCGGCAGCUAAUGUAUGUCGAAGAUGGUGUGGCCUGUUAUCGACUCACAUAACGCCUCAACAAUGGCAACAGCACGUUCAAUUACGAUGGCCCUUGUAUAAACCAAUUGGACACGUUAGAAACUGGUACAAAGUUUACGACCAACUUGCUUCUUCUGCACCAUGUCGGACAUGUUUGGCUCAAACAUCUUUAAGAACAGGACCACCGAGAAUAGAAGAAAACUCGUGGAGAAGAAAUAGGCUGCGCAAUGAAUUGAAGAGUUUAAGGAUUGACCCUCCAGAAGGGAUCGAAGCAACUCCCCUUGAUCAAAUGUGUUGUCACUGGCAGGCAACGAUAACUGGACCAGUAGGCAGUCCAUACGAGGGAGGAUUGUUCUAUCUAUACCUUCAAGUGCCGUAUAGUUACCCAAUGUGCCCACCGGUAGUAAGAUUUUUGACAAAAAUACUUCAUCCAAAUGUAUCGAGGCAUGGCGAUGUCGGCAUUGACUCUAUUCAUCAUAAUUGGUCUCUGGCACUAACGAUAUCGAAAGUAUUAAUCAGUGUACAGAGCUUGUUAACAGAUCCUUAUUGUCAGGUAUGUAUGGAACCGCAAGUGGGUGAAAUGUACAUGAAUGAUCGCGAAAGGUUCGAAGAAGUCGCAAGAGCGUGGACCUGGAAAUAUGCAAUGCAUGACGUGGUGACACCGUCGUAAUUUGUUCUCGGAAGUGAAUUCCGUAUAGUGAUCGAAGUUGUCAAUAAUUAUGUGAUAAACAGUCGGAAGAAUCGCUUCCAAAAUGCCGCCUUGUUUACCAGACCCGGCUAUAGUACUACUACUAUGUUUCGUUAAAUUUUUACAAAAAUGCUUCUUGUGUUUAUUCGACUUUUUAUCCUACUUCAAAUUACUUGCGGAUAUACAGGGGAUUAAUUCAGCAUUGGUUCACACUGCAAGCAUUAACAUGAUGUGAUAGUACCGUUAAUAGUCGAUUAACAUCAUCUUAAUUUUUUUUUUAUGGAAAGAAAUUAUAUCAACAAAUAUUGUGUCAGAGUUUUUAAGUUAAAUGUUGAGUUGUAUAAAUAGUACAUACUCCCUAGCAUUUUCCAGUUUUACUGCAGAUUUCUUAUCUCCAAACACAGGAACUCUUGCGAUUACAGAUAUUCAAAUGCUGACGAGGGGAUGUCAAAAUAUGGUACUCGAUAAUGAUAUGCAACACAUAGUGUAGUCAUUUCAUCAAUAUUCACGAACCUAAGGGAAUCUUCAAAAUUGUAUGAAUUGUCGGUAGUUUUUUUGGGCAAUGAAAUGAUCUAAAGCCCUUCGUUGAUCACAUUACGUGUUGGAAAUGCCAAUGUAGAUGUGUGGUACUUGUUCGGUAAAGAAUGUGUUCAGGAAGGUUUUCGAAAUCAGAAGGAAUGUUGGGAAAGAACCGCACCAUGAGAUGUUCACUUGAAGUAAUACAUAUGCAUUAUAAAUCUCGUGAACGAAGAACGUCAUUUGGAUUUGGUUUCUUUCCCGCUUUUCUGCCGUCAGCUUAGUCGUUCAUGAAUGUAGGUAGUCAAUUUAAUAUGAGACUGAUGGUAAAGGUCUAUAAUGAUUAAAGACGAUUCCGGCAUUGAAAAGUACAUUUUCGCAGAGUAAUCGUUAACCCGUUGGAUCUGUCGUUUUCGUCAUUUUUUUUUAAUACCAAAUGCAGGGCUUUGCAAAAAGAGAUGUGCUUGAUUUCGCAAUUCUUUGUUUCAUAGCACGCGACCCAUGUAAGCACCUCAUAGUUACGCAUCAGCUAUUGUAAUCUUUGUAUACCGCUUUCUUUUUUUUUCAACAACAGUGUCAUUUAUUUUUGUACGUUUAGAACAUUUCAAGAGUUUAAUACGCGAUAGUGUCAGAUUGUAAAUUAUGAAGGAAUGUAACUAAAAAUAAAUACAUUUUUCCUUUA